AUGAGCAGACAACUGUUUUAUCCGGAGAAGGCAAAAGCUCAUUUACCAGGCGAUCAAAUCUUCGAGUUUUAUAACGGAGAAACUAUCGUCAUAGACUCACCACUCAUCGCUGGAAAAGUAACCUCCGAAAUUCAUCCGACUUCUCAAAAGCUCGAAAAGCUCUUCAUCCCGCUAAAUCACGAAAUCGCCACCCGAAAGCUUCCUCUUUUUCAAUCCGAGCAUCAUCAGCUCUUCGAGUUCUCCCCAAAAGCUGUUUAUUCUUUCAAAAGAUCAAACUCAAAAGGAAGAGUGAAGGGAAUCACGACGCAUAAGAUUGGAGGAAAAGCGUCCUUCGCAACUCAUGUCAAGCAAGCUCUCUUCGAAAAUGGCCUCUCUGGUACUCCUGUGAAGAUAAACCCCAAAUUGAAAGAGAGAUUCCUCAAACUCAGACCGAGAAAAUCGUACACAAAAUUUGAAGCAAGAAGAAUUUCGUCUAGCUCUGCGUUCAACAUUGAACUCGGUUCGAAUUCAGUUAAAAUUCAAUAUCAUAUUUUGGAUCUGACAGAUAUGAUACUCCCAGUCUUCGAAGACAUCGCAAAAUUUCGUGGAGAGAAAAUUGUGCUCCCUGAUCGUACUAUUGAAAUCUUUCCAAGUGAAGUUCUGGAAGGCUCGACUUUUGGAGACGAUUUCAAGAAGGCCCUGACGAUAGAGAUCGAGCUUGAGAAAACGGAUGGAAGUUGGGAAAUCAUCGCCGAAUCUGUGCUCAAUUCAGAAGUGAUUGUCAACAAUAGAAACUCACACGAAUCAAACAACCAACUGCUUGAUGAGAUACUUUUAGCGCAACGACAAUAUCUUCCAUUUACUGGAGCUCCUGGAACGGAUCACGAGAAAACAUUUCUUCGAACGUUUUAUCAGCGAAAAAAUGGGCUCAAGUCUGAUGUUAAAAUUUCUGAGGACGAAAUUCGUUUUGCAUAUCUAGGAGCUUUGAUUUCGAAUGUAGCUGGAACAAUUUUGGCGAAAAAUGGAGCGUCUUUUGUUACCCAACGUUUCAAAACUCUAUCGUUUAUUGAGCAUUUUUGUCAAUUCGUUGUUCCCAGCAAUUUCUCGGAAUUGACCACUCUUCACGCGCCAUGCUUAAAUCCUCUGGACUCUUUUGUCGAGUACUCAAAUGUGAAGCUUUUGAGAAAUGUCGCUGAUGGAAAAGAAAUUUCAAUCGUAGGACAAGAAGCUGGGAGCAUCGCUGAUGCUGGGAAUAUUUUCAGAAUAAGACAAGAGCGAGCCAAUCAUCGGCUCAAAGUAAUGGGUUCAUAA